UCAACCUUUUUUUUUUACCUCAAAUAGAGCUUCGUUUGCCACCAACAAAACAUUCUUCUGUAAUCUCGGUUACGUGAUUUCCUUUGUGGAAGCUUGUUUGUGAGCUUAAUAUAUAAUGAUUUGGAGGUUUGGGUGAGGAGGAAGCAACCGUGCUCGGUAAAAUCCAAUUUACGAGCGUCAAAAUUUCACUUUUUGAGUAGAGAAGCAUGGCGAAUGAGUUAUUAGAUCUGAUUAUUACUCACUCUUAAAGAGUAGAAGAGGAGAUGUUGAUCUUCAUGUUCUUAAGUCAUUCUUUGUUUGUUGUUGUUGAUCAGUCCACUGAGAAAUUUGCGAAAUUGCGUCCUUUAUGAUUUGUCGUUUCCAUCGACGCCCCAGUGUUGUCUCCCUCUCCUUAUCCAUUGCAGAGCGAGAGAGGGAGAGAGAGAGAGAAAAGAGGUCUGAGAGGCAGGCGCAGGCAGACAGGCUUUGUUGUUUUUACUUUCGAAGGGACUGCAAAAAGCUUCACCCGCCAUCGUCGUUCUGAGUUUAUGACCUUUCUUCUGUUGGGAAGAAGGUGAUAUUUCAGAGCGUACGCCCUGCGAGUAAGCAGUACCUUUUUUCUACGCUCUCUCACUACUCUAUGGCAGGAUGGAUGAAUGAACGUGUUUGUUUAUAUGUAGAAAAGAGAAACUAGUGCGUGCUCUCUGUGUAAUCCUCAUCAAUGCAACGGAGGGUAGCCUCCAACCUCAACUGAGCUCCUUUCUCUCAACCCUAAUUUUGCAAAUCCAGUGAAUUAUAUCACCGAUUUGGCUCCCGCCGACGCUCGUUUCGGAAAUUCAGCGAUGAUUUUGGAGGAUUCGAAGGCUGAGCAAUACUAGGCGGCGACAUUCGAAGAGAUGGAGGACCAGUAUCCGGAUGAAGAAGAAGGCGAGAACAAACGGUGCCGCGGUGGAGGCGUUGCUCUCGUCGGCGGUGUAGGUAGGUUCUACGGCUGGCCUUCCUCCAGAAUUGUUAGGGUUUCGCGAGCUUCCGGUGGGAAGGAUCGCCACAGCAAAGUACUGACUUCCAAGGGGCUGAGAGACCGACGCAUGAGGCUAUCGGUGAACACCGCCAUCCAAUUUUACGAUUUGCAAGAUCGGUUAGGGUACGAUCAGCCUAGCAAGGCGGUGGAGUGGCUGCUGAAGGCAGCCGCCACUUCAAUUGCGGAGCUACCACCGAUGACCUCUCCAUUCCCCGACACCCCCAAGCAGCUCAGCGACGAAAAGCGACCGAGCACCGCCGGAAGUGAUCGCAUCGACUUUGGCCUAGAUAUGGACGAAGGCGGUGGGGAUCCUGGUCAAUCCCAGCCGCAGGCGACAAAAUCCUCCGCCUGUAGCAGCAAUUCAGAAACCAGCAAGGGUUCGGGGCUCUCGCUUUCCAGAUCUGAGAGCAGGAUGAAAGCUCGAGAGCGAGCGAAAGAAAGAUUGGCCGAGAAGGAGAAGGAAAAGGAGAGCGAGACAUCGGAUUUGGCUUCUCUCAACCCUAUUUCCCACACCACUUCCUUCACUGAGCUCUUGAGCGGAGGAAUCAAUCGUGUCAGCAGCACCGCCGCCAGCCCCGGCGGGUCCGUUCAUCAAAAUUCCACUACCGGUCGUUGCACUGGAAGCGAGUCAAAUUUCCUACUAAAAUCUCCCCGCCAGUGGUCCGGAUCUUCUCCUCCAAUGGAUUACUUCACUACUGGCCUUUUAGGCCUGCCUGCAAGUUCAGGUCAAAUGCACCUAGCAUCUUCGCCGCUGUAUAAUGUGGCAGCGGACCACCACCAAGAGCUCCAGCAUUUAUCCUUUGUGUCGGACCAUUUAGUCCACGUGAUGAAUGCUGCCGCCGCCGGAGGGAACAGUAGUGGCAACAGUGAUUACAGCUUGAACUUCACAAUCUCUCCUUCUGCUAAUUCAUCCGGCCUUGCCGGAUUCAAUCGGGGGACCCUUCAGUCCAAUUCUUCUUCGCCGUCUCUGUUGCCUCACCUCCAGAGGUUUCCCGACGGAUCUCCUCCAGGUUUCUUCAUUGGCACUGCUGCACCGGUGGAGAAUUACCACCAGUUUCUUGCUGGAUAUGAUGCCCGCUUGCAGCACUGUUACAGUGAUGCUCAUCUCAAUAGCGACGGCAAGCAUUCCAGCCAGAAAGGGAAAGCAAAAAGCUGAGCUCAUUGUUCAUAGCUUCUUGCAUGGAAACUACCACUUCAUUCACGGUAGCUGCUGAAACUUGAAGAGGUGAAGUUGCCUAAUCAAUGGAGGAGCAUAUUCAUAUUCAUAAUCUAUGAUAUGAUUGUUGCUCCAUUAUCAUUAUUGUCAUGUAGCAAUGGUUUUGUUGUGUGCUUGCCCUUGUCCUUAUGCUUUGUGUGUGAAAGACAGAUGAUGGAUGGGUUCUACUUCUGAGUGUUUAUUCUCCCUAGUUGUGCUUCAACUGUUGAUGAUUAAUUUGAAUUUGAGGCAUGGUUUGAUCAA